UUCUGUCAUCAUUUACUCAUCAUGUCAUUCUGAACCCGAGUGACUUUCUUCUGUGGAUCACAAAAGACAUUUAGAAAUUAAUACAGUAUUUCUUCUUUGGUCUACUUGUAUGAGCUAUAUUAUAAACACUGAGAUUAAUCUGAUCAGGCCCAAUACAAACAGACACACAUGAACUCAACACACUGAAUACAGAGACAAAUGUAAAUGUGUAAAUACAGGAGGAGCUCUGACAUCACUGGAGUUCAGAGAGAUUCAGAGAAAGUGAACCUUGAUCAACAACAAUAUGGACGCCUGAAACGAUCAACCUCUUUAAACAACAGAAUAUUUGAGCCGUUCAAAGAGUCUUGUGGACACAUCUGAUCCUCACAGGCUUGAAGAGGAAAAAAACAAUGGCAGAAUCUUCACCAACAUCAACAAAGGCAAGAAAAGCCAAGAGACAGAGUAUUGACUCUUGUCCUCCAUUGAUGUCAUCCUCCAGCGGUCCACUGACGGAGGAGCUUCAGUGCUCUCUAUGUCUGAACAUGUUCACUGAUCCAGUCACCACUCCAUGUGGACACAAUUUCUGCAAGACCUGUCUGAAUAAGUGCUGGGACAACAGCCAGACCUGCAACUGUCCAUAUUGUAAAGAAACAUUCAAGAUCAGACCUGAUCUCAAGAUUAAUACCACACUCAGAGAGCUCGUAGAUCACCAUAAAAAUAAAAGUCCUGAGAAAAAACCUGAAGUUCUGAAAAAACCUGAAGUUCUGUGUGACGUCUGUGAGGAAAGAAAGCAGAAAGCCCUGAAGUCGUGUCUGGUGUGUCAGAGCUCUUACUGUGAAACUCACCUGGAGCCUCAUUUGAAAGUGGCAGAUUUAAAGAAACACAAACUGAUCAAUCCUGUGAGGAAUCUGGAGGACUAUAUAUGUCAGAAACAUGAGAGACCUCUGGAGCAGUUCUGUAGAGAUGAUCAGACAUGUGUGUGUCCAAUCUGCACUUUAACAGACCACAAGAACCACAGUACUGUUCCUGUAGAAGAGGAGAGUGAGAAGAAGAAGACUGAAUUGAUGAAGACACAGAAAGACGUGCAGCAGAUGAUCCAAGACAGAAUCAAGAAGAUUCAAGAUGUCAAACACUCAGCAGAAGUCAGAAAAAGAAACACAGAGAAGGAGAAAGCAGCACGUGUCGAGCUCUUCACUGAUCUCAUCCGCUCCAUUGAGAGAUGUCAGACUGAAGUGCUGGAGAUGAUGGAGGAGCAGCAGAAAGCAGCAGAGAAACAGGAGGAAGAGCUCAUUGAAGAGCUGGAGCAGGAGAUCACUGAGCUAAAGAUGAGAAACACUGAGCUGGAGCAGCUCUCACACACUGAAGAUCACCUCCACCUCCUACAGAUUUACUCAUCCCUGUGCAGCUCUAGAAACACCAGGAACUGGUCUGAGAUCAGUGUAAAGACUGAUGAGAGUCUGAAGACUCUGAGGAGAGCUCUGACUCAACUGCAGGACACUCUGCUUGAGAAACUCACUCUAAAUGUUUCUACAGAUCUGAAGAGGAUGCAGCAGUAUGAAGUGGAUGUGACUCUGGAUCCUGAUACAGCUAAUCCAAACCUCAUCCUGUCUGAUGAUGGAAAACAAGUGAGAUGUGGAGACAUUGAGCAGAAACUCCCAGACAACCCAGAGCGAUUUGAUACUGGUGUAUGUGUCCUGGGAAAGAAGGGAUUCUCCUCAGGGAGAUUUUAUUUUGAGGUGCAGGUGAAGGGAAAGACUGACUGGGAUUUAGGAGUGGCCAGAGAAUCCAUUAACAGGAAGGGAUUGAUCACACUGACUUCCAGUAUUGGAUUCUGGACUGUGGCUCUGAGGAAUGGGAAUAAAUAUUGGGCCUUUGCUGAUUGUCCUGUCUCUCUGCGUCUGAGAGUGAAGCCGCAGCGGGUCGGUGUGUUUGUGGAUUAUGAGGAGGGUCUGGUCUCCUUUUAUGAUGUGGAGUCCAGCUCUCAUAUCUACUCUUUCACUGGUCAGUCUUUCACUGACAAACUCUAUCCAUUUUUUAACCCUUGUAAUAAUAAUGGAGGUAAAAACUCAACUCCACUGAUCAUCACACCUGUCAAUUACAAUAAAUGAAUGAACUUGCACCCCUAAUAUGAAAUAAAAGAUAGUAAUGAUUUUAAUAAUUAAAUCUGAAAACAUUAUGUAUGUGCUGCUAUUUUUUGUUUUUCAGUUUUUAAACUGUGUAAGCUAUAAUUACAUAGUUUGUAAAAAUCUAAUGCUUGUUCAAUAAAUGACUUUUUCCCCCAUAAA